AUCACCCCCUAAAACCCCAUUUUCAGACCAGAACCUCCACACAAUUUGUCACUCUCCCUCCCAAUCAAAUUAAUUCUCUCCUUUCACUAGUGUUUUUCUCCCCAAAUCUCACUACCAUCUCAGUGCUUUCUGACCACCCCAACCUCCCCCACAACUCAUGUGGGGUACCCUCCCAUUACCAAUGUUCGUGUCCUUCGACUAUAAAAGAAAGCAUACUAGGAAGUAAGACAUCAUUCCUACUAUCACCGUUGUUACAUCAUGGCUUCCAAUUUCCCAAUGAAGCAACCCUCCACGUCCAGAGGUGGUUGGAAAUCCGCCAUUUUCAUUAUUUUCGUGGAGGUGGCAGAACGAUUUGCAUAUUAUGGAGUGGCCGGGAACUUGUUCAUGUACUUAACAAAGGUGCUAGGCCAGCCCACCGCCACCGCUGCCAAGAAUGUGAACACUUGGCAGGGCGUCUCCGCCAUCUUCCCGGUGGUUGGUGGCUUUCUGGCCGACUCCUACGUCGGCCGGUUCAAGACUAUCCUCCUCUCAUCCAUCAUUUACCUCAUUGGCCUAGUUCUGCUGACUGUAGCAGUCUCAGCAGUUCCUCUGCCACUUCGGCACAUUGUUUUCUUCAUAGCGCUCUACAUUCUCUCCAUAGGCGAAGGCGGGCACAAGCCAUGCGUUCAGACGUUUGCGGCGGACCAAUUUGACGAGAAUAUACCUGAAGAGAAGGCGGCCAAGAGCUCUUUCUUCAACUGGUGGUACGUCGGAAUAGUGUGCGGCGCCACGGCGGCGGUGUUGGUGGUGAUCUACGUGGAGGACUAUGUGGGGUGGAGCUUGGGGUUCGGGAUGCUGGUGGUGGCGGUGGGGUUCUUGGCUGGAAGUGGGAGUUACCGCCGCCAGGCUCCGGUGGGGAGCCCGUUCACGAGGGUCGCACAAGUGGUGGUUGCCGCCGCGAGGAAGAGGGGGUUGUCGGAGAGGGAGGGGCGUGGUGUUUGCGAUGAAGAUGAUGUGAACAUGGAGGGUGGUGCCGGGGUUCAGGCGUUGGCUCGUACGCCCCAGUUCAGGUUCCUGGACAAAGCAAUGAUCAUAGACGACAUUGAUGCUUCAAGUGAAAAAAGGAACCCCUGGAGGCUGUGCCCUGUUAACCAAGUAGAGGAAGCAAAACUAGUUUUCCAACUGAUUCCCAUCUGGUUCAGUUGCCUCAUGUUUGCAAUAGUAAUAGCUCAACUAGGCACAUACUUCACCAAACAAGGCAGCACCCUCAACAGAUCCAUCACACCAACCUUCCAAAUCCCUGCAGCAUCCUUCCAAGUCUUCACAGGCCUCACGAUUCUCGCCUCCGUUUUACUAUACGAACGAGCCCUCAUCCCCCUUGCCAGGGCCCUCACAGGCCGCCCUUCCGGCAUAACCAUCCUCCAAAGAAUUGGCACUGGCUUACUACUAUCAGUGCUGACUAUGGCCGUUGCAGCAUGCAUCGAGGGCCGAAGGGUGCGAAUUGCAAGAGAAAAAGGGCUAUUAGACGAGCCAAAAUCAGUGGUUCCAAUGGCCGUCUGGUGGCUGCUCCCGCAGUACAUGCUGUGUGGGCUUUCUGACGUGUUCACGGUCGUUGGAUUGCAGGAGUUGUUCUACGAGCAAAUGCCCGUGGGGAUGAGAAGCAUCGGUGCUGCCGCGUAUAUUACUGUGACCGGAGUGGGGAGCUUUUUGAGCAGUGCUUUGAUAACUAUUGUGCAAGGGAUUAGCUCAAGGUGUGGGCAUGAGUGGCUUGGGGACAACAUUAAUAGAGGGAAUGUUGAGUACUUUUAUUGGGUUCUGGCUGCAAUGAGUGCUGCCAAUUUUUGUGGUUAUGUGUGUGUUGCAAAAAGGUUCGUCUACAAGAGGAUUGGGCAUGAUCAAGGUGGUCAUUCUAGUGAGAAAGGAUCCUAUUAGGAAAUGCAUCUUCAACUUCUACGGAAAGAUCAUAUAUGUGAAGAAAUGCUUUUGAUGUAUAAGUAGUGAUGUUUGUGAACUUUAUAAUGUGAUAUGAAGAUACCAAAAUAAAUUAAAAUGUGUCCAACUGUGUGUUUGGUAAGAAUGUAGACAAAUAUUAAAAUCAAUAU